UUCUAUUUGGCUGCCCAUGCUCUCUCUGCUUGUGUCUUGCACUAUCUCCUCAGCGUAGACUUGAGUGGAUACAGUGUAGGAGGUUUCUCUGCUGGUGGACAUCUACGGCCCUCCGCUCGCCAUCCAGUUGCUUCCUUGGCCGCAAGGUCCGCCGCUUCGUUUCCCGGAAUUCCUACGUGA